AUGCAAACCUUCAAGCACCUCAUCCCCUUCCUCCUGACUGCCGGCCUUGCAGUCAACGCAGAGACAACCUCCUGCGUUACCUCAACCAAGACCUUUCCCACCAUCACCUCCAUCAUCGUCGAGCCGACCAGUACUUGGUCCGGCAACGGCACAGGUGGUGGUCCUCAUACCGUGUAUACCACUGAGUAUCACGAGUUCUGCUCCACGGGUCUGCGUCUGCACACGUACACCAUCACCGAGGCUUGCCACAAGGAAAAGUGUCAGCCUCGCACUACUGGUGUUCCGCCUGGGUUUACCUCAACUGUUACUGUUUGUAACUCUUGUGGUGAGAAGCCUAUCACUGCGACACUGACUGUUCCGUGCCCUGAGGCCACUCCUACCAAGGGCCCUGGGAAGCCGCAGCCUGAGCACUGCGAGGCAUGCCACGACCAUGGUAAACCAUCUGGCAAGCCUCCGGCUCAGCCACAGUCUGUUCCGUCUGCCCCUGCUGUAAAGCCAGUCCCUACGGGUCAUCUGCCAGAAGAUUGCGCCACGUGCGGUAAUAAGCCUCCAUCUGCUGCUCCUCCUCAGCCUCCCAAGCCAACCAACCCUGGCCAAGACAAGCCAGAGCAUCCCAACUCUCCUGCAUGCACCACUUGCAGCGGAACUGGACAGCAGUCCCAACCCCCUGCUCAGCCCAACCUUCCUGCUGCAUGCAGUACUUGCGGUGCUGGAGGAGAAGUUCCGCAACCCCCUGCCUUCCUGGCAACUUCUGUCGUACCAGGGCCCUCUGGAGAGAAACCGGCCACUAGCCCUACCGGCCCUGCUCCUGGAGAACCAUCUGCUAUCACCGCUGGCGCAGCCAAGUCCCCCUACGUUGAAUUGGAGCUUUUAGGUAUCUUCGGGUUUGGAUUCAUUCUGUUGGGAGGUCCCCUGUAG